AUGGCUUUGUCAAAUGGAGACGCAAUAUCGGAAGAAAAGUUGAGUUCCGAAAACGACGAUGAAGGAUCCUUCGUUGUUGGGGAGCUCGAAGACUAUCGAUGGGUCUUCCCGACUAUGAAUAUUGGGGAUGAAACUGUAAGUGGCAAACAACCGCCAGAAUACUGUCCUCCUGCUCGUUCAGAAGAAGUCUGGGCGUUCAUAUCUGGUGCAGCCCUUGCCACGAUUUCUGGAAUAGUGCUGUCAAUAUCUAAUUUGUGCGCUGCUCUUUGCAUGGAGAAUGGACUAAGCGCUUCACAGACCCUCUUUGUGAAGCUUGUAGGCGUUCUCAUCAUAUCCAGCUUUCACUUACUGUGUUACCGGGUCAACAUCCUUGGCGUCAACAAACGCGAUGUACUGCUGAAUCUGUUGAAGGCCGUAACUGAAAAUUUUGGCAGACUUUCAUACUUUCUCGCAGCGUUACUUGUUGGAUUCACGAACUGUUCAGCAAUAACAUUUUCUCUCUUUCCGCUUCUUACCACUUGUAUCUCUGUACUGUGCCUAAAGGACCGAUGUACGGUGUGUGAUAUCGUGGGCAUCGGGUUGAACAUCGUCGGCGUCGUGCUUACCUGCUCCAGGGACUUCUUAUACGGCGAUACAGAAAAUUAUCUACUUCCAAAUGGCGUGCAGAUAUUAGGGUAUGUUCUUGCUGCAUUGAGUGGUGCGAUCUUUCUCCCGACAGGCGCGGCAUCCACACGUAUCAUGUCGAAGGAUCUACACGUGGGGUUUAUAAUGUUUAUAAACGCCUUAGUGGGGAUAAUUUUGGCAAUACCGGCAGUCUAUCUUAGCAAUUUCUCAUCUGUUGCCGAAACUUUAUUGGAGUCACCGGCAGUGUUUGGAUAUAUUUUCGCCAUGGUGUUAUUUUAUCUAAUUUAUAUAUGGUCAUUCAAUCGAGCACUUCAAUUGGAAACAGCAGGAAGAGUUGUACUAUUAACCAAUAUUGUCAUUGUGGGCAAUUACUUCUAUCGAGUUGUGGUCCUAGGCUAUCAGGGAACAAAUGCAUGGGAAAUAAUCGGCACAAUUAUAAUCGUGAUAAGUUCGUUGGUGGUUAGUGGAGUAGCGUGGAAGGAGACGGAUAACUAUUUUUGUCCACACGAUCUUAUGACAGGUUGUUCCUGUAAAUUUUCUAUCUGUAAGAAAAAAUAG